GGGCGGGGCUUACACGCCGCAUUCAUUUUCUCUUCCGGACAGUGAGACUGCGGUUACGGACAAACAGGACUUCAAAUAAAUAAAUAAAUAAAUAAGCGACACUUUAUAAACAUAGCCGAUUUACAAAUCGACGAUGAUUUAGAAAUACCUUAUUGAUAAUAUUAUUACUAGUAUGAAAGUUUUUAGGCAGAGUUGUGUGUGUAAAAGGGAGCUUUCGGCAUCACGGAUUGUUUAUUGUCUUGCCGGUUGUGUUGUGGAACUGCAAGAUGAUCUUGAGAAGUGUUUACUAUCUUUCUGAUGGCUUUGUUCUCAGCACAGGCUGAUCCCAUCAGAACGCAGUGGCUGCUGUAUUCACUGAUCCUCUGGUGAUCAGUCAGGUUACUGUACUACUUCCUGUCACGUGUCUCCACUCCAAUACAAAACUACACUAUGAGGUUGACUGUAGUUGUUGGCAGCAUCUUUACGUUUGUCCUGGUGGACAAUGUGGUCUCCACCCUCCUCUACGUCCAGUGGUCUGGCCCAAAUUCCUUCUUGGAUGACAUCCUGGACUUUGACAUCCGUCGCUCGGUCCUGGAUCUGUGGAUGGUGCUCCUGGUGCGUUCCUGCCUCCUUUUCGGUGCCUCUGUAGGCGUCCUGAUGAAUCAGCAAGAUGGCCCGAAACGUGUCGCGUCCUUGGACACUCUGGUGGUGCUCAUCGGUCUCACCAUGCUCUCCUAUGCCCUUGCCAAGCUCCUGAUAUUUUCCGAGAUGGGCGCUCUGAUGCAUGACCCUUGGUUCCUCAGCUUCUUCUCGUGGACUUGCAUCUCUGCAAUGGGGUCUGUGUUCUUCUGGAAGCUCCUGAGCAACGCAGAUGUUGCCAGUUCAGGUGUAGGAGAGAGGGAGAGGCUGGUGGAUGGAGGAGAGGAGGAGGAACGAGAAGAGGAGGGUGAGAUGAGAGGGAAAGAGGUGAAACAGAAGCCGAAUUCUGGGGCCACUCUGGGACGUCUGUUGUCGUACUGUAAGGAGGACACAGGGCUUCUGUCCCUUGCCUUCUUCUUUCUCCUCCUCUCGGCUGUGUGCGAAGCCUUUAUCCCCUAUUUCACCGGGAAAGCCAUCGACGGUAUAGUGAUCCAUAAGAGUAUGGAAUAUUUCAUCAAACCGAUGAUUAUUCUCACUGUUUUGGCCCUCGUCAGUUCUGUGGCCGUUGGGUUUCGUGGUGGUGUGUUCUCAUUGACAUUCGCCAGGCUUAACAUUCGACUGCGGAACCUCCUUUUCCGCUCGUUGAUGCACCAGGAGAUCGGCUUCUUCGAUGCUAAUCAUACAGGUGACAUCACGUCACGGCUGACCUCUGACACCACGCAGGUGAGUGACCUCAUCUCGCAGAAUGUCAACCUGUUCCUGCGCAGCUUCGUCAAAGCAGUCGGAUUCUUCAUCUUCAUGUUCGGCAUGUCGUGGAAGCUGUCGCUCGUCACCAUCAUGGGCUUCCCGUACAUUGCCGUGCUCUCCAAGCUCUACGGCGAGUACUACAAGAAACUAACCAAAGAGGUGCAGACAUCACUGGCUCAGGCCAACAAAGUGGCAGAGGAGACGAUCUCGGCCAUGCGGACGGUGCGCAGCUUCGCCGGCGAGGAUCACGAGGCCAAGUCUUAUUACGCCAAGCUGUUGGAGGUGUUUGCGCUCAACAAGAAGCAAGCUGUAGCCUACACCUUCUUUAUGUGGUCCAGCUGUAUCUCGGAGCUGGCGUUGCAGGUGGCUAUCCUUUUUUACGGAGGACACUUGGUGGUGACGGACCAGAUGAGUGGCGGAACUCUCAUUUCUUUUGUCAUCUAUGAGCUUGAACUUGGCGAAUGUCUGGAGAGCAUUGCGUCCGUCUAUACAGGUCUGAUGCAGGGCGUGGGAGCCGCAGAGAAGGUCUUUGAGUACAUCGACAGGAAGCCCAAACGCACUCUCGAUGGCCAAGAAGCUCCAGAUAUAUUGCAAGGCCUGGUAGAGUUCAAGAACGUGACAUUCGCUUAUCCUACAAGGCCAGAGACCAAUGUCCUUAAGAAUGUGUCCUUCAGUGUCCAGCCAGGGGAGGUGACGGCUCUGGUGGGUCCCUCAGGUAGCGGUAAGACAUCCUGUGUUUCUCUGCUGGAGAACUUCUACACACCUCAGAAUGGCCAAGUGCUGCUGGACGGCCGGCCGAUUGAGGCGUACCAACAUGGCUACCUCCACUCCAAGGUAGCGCUGGUUGGACAAGAGCCAGUCCUUUUCGCUCGUUCUGUACAGAAGAACAUCGCCUAUGGUCUUCCCGGCGCUCCUGCGGAAGUCGUCGUCGCAGCUGCCAGAAAGGCCAACGCUCACGACUUCAUCUGCAGCCUCUCUAAGGGCUACGACACGGGUGUCGGGGAGAAGGGCACUCAGCUCUCAGGAGGGCAGAAGCAGAGAGUGGCCAUCGCUCGAGCCUUAAUCCGAAACCCAAGCGUGCUCAUUCUGGACGAGGCCACCAGCGCACUGGAUGCUGAGAGCGAACACAUGGUCCAGCAGGCUCUGAAUGCCGUGAUGGAGAACUACACAGUUCUGGUGAUCGCCCAUCGCUUGAGCACUGUGCAGCGCGCUAACACUAUUGUGGUGCUGGACGAUGGCGUUGUGGCGGAGCAGGGCAACCAUGACGAGCUAAUGGACCUCCACGGUCUCUACUACAAACUCAUCCAGAGGCAGAUGCUGGGGUCUGAUAGCACCACCGAGCCUCCGCGUCCAUUUUUAGAGUUGCCUCGACACCAGGAAGAAGACGAGGACGAGAGCAGCGGGGACGAAAACGUCCCAAGAUAUUGAAGAGUUUAUUCUUCUUUAGCACUGGAUAUGAUAUGUGCAGGCAUAAAACCUACCUCGAUUCUUUAAAACACUGUUCGUUCGCUCCAUUUGGAAGGUAGCCUAGGUAGGUAGACUUUUUGGGCAGCAUUUGAGCGCUCCCAAGAACAGGACUGUCCCAAUCCGAAGGCAGCUGCUCCCUGAAGCGACUUACUUUGGGCAGAUUUGAAGGCAACGCGGCAAUCCCGUGAUUCUGUUCACCAUACCUAAGUUCUGAACGUUUUGAUAAUCAUGGCCGAACAGGAUGUUGAAAACUGCACAAAAAGAAGUGUAAAGUAAUUGUAAAUCUUCCCUGUGAUAUUUGUGUAAAUGUAUAAGAAUGCGGAUAUGCCUCUUUCUUGAAGCAGCCAGUUCUUCUUCCGUGAUCUAUUCCAAAUGGAGUGCAAGCACCAUAUCAUAUCUGCCCCUAGUUCCAGAUCCAUGCUGCUGUAAAGUAAAUGCUGUCUUCCAUUUGGAACACACAUCAUAAACCUUCAAAAUAUGGUGUGUUAGAACACUUUUUUAACUAAAAGCAACAGGUAUAUCAUAUCAAGUAACAUCACUGUAACUGUACUGUAUGCACUGUAUAUUAUAUAUAUAUAAACAAGUAUGUUAGUAAAAACUUAUUGGACCAUGCCAGUGGUUGUAAUCAAGCUGAACCUCCUCACAAUAAAACUGAAUGAUGUCCUACUUGA